AUGUCACAACAAUAUAAUUUAAAUAACAUUAUAUUUUCAUCAACAUAUAAUCCUAAAAAAUAUGAAGUAUUCGGCAUUGACCGAUCUAAUUCACAUCAAUUACAAUCGAAUGGUAUUAACAUUCAAGAAUUAAAUAAUUUAAUAAUAGAAUUGAAUGAUACAUUAAAUAAUUAUUACAAGGAAAUUAACAAAGAUGCCAAGACUCUUAGAAUUUUAUGGCUAGUAACAUUUUUAUUAUUUUUACCAACUUUGGGUUUAAUUUUAUUUAUAAUGAUGCCUAUAUUAAUCAUUUUACAAUUUAAAUAUGGUCAAAGUAAUGCUAACCAUUACACAGAUAUAACUGUACCUACCUUAAAAAGAUUAAUUGAAGAUGAAAAUUUAAAAUAUAAUCAAUUGGGUUUAAAUAUUAUGUUAAAUUUUGAUACUGAUUAUACCGUAGUUACUAAUUAUAGAAGAGUACAUAAUAAUCGAGGACAUGGUGGUUAUAGAACUAGACCUGUUAGACAUACUGUUGCUAAUAGAUACGUACAAUUAAUUAUUACUAUGAAUGGAAAUAAUGGAUCCUACUAUGGUGCAGAUUUGUAUCAACAAGCUAAUAAUGGAUAUUCUCAAUAUGGUACUGUUCAACCUCAACAACAGCAAACCAAUUCAUAUUAUUAUCAAAAAUUAUAA